AUGUUGGGCUCGGAUGCCUCGGUGACGUCGGUGGGUGUUAUUCCUUGUGCCAUCGCCUGGCUCUUCCAUCUGGUGGAGGAACAGAAGGAGGCCACUAAAACGCGCUUCUCCAUCCGAGUCUCCGCGGUGGAGGUCUUCGGAUAUGAUGAGUCCUUUAAAGAUCUCCUUCGUGAUUCGGCUCUUGAUGGUGUGUCAGUAUUGCAUACUAGCCUGCUUGUUCUUUUAACUUGA